AUGUACUCAGCGCUUGGAUUAUGUAUAGCACGUUCUGUCACUGUUUAUGGUUUGUAUUGGCAGUUUCUGGCCGUGUACACCUAUUUUUGGUAUCUGCAUUGUUUAGCACUGCCCAUGUCCAUUUCCUUGAAUAUGCUUUUUUGGGACCUAAGCCUAUCUUUAGCCAUGAUAAUACUCCACGAUCCUCACAGGAUUAUAAAACCGCUCACAAGGAUAAUAAUUCAUUUAAUGAUAUCGGAAGCCGAACAAAUGUCUUCAAAAUGCCUAUUUAAGAUGUCUAAACACGUAAAUCAGGCCUUUAAUCGCAAAUAUCUCUCAAUCUAUCGCUAA